UGUAGUACUUUGCUUUAAAAUGGUAGAUAUCUUCAAGAUAGAUCUCAAUUUUUCUGACUCACCUUUCUAUGAAUGGAACUCAACUACUGUAUUAGAUGGACCUUUUACUCCAGCAACUAAAAGCACCAUAAUAUGCUUAUCUGUACUGUUUUUCGUGAUUGGUGCUAUUGGCAUCGCUGGUAACUUUUUGGUAAUAUUCGCAAUCAUUGGUGAUCAGCGAAUGCGCAAGUCAGUAACUAAUCUACUGAUUAUGAACUUGGCUUUUAGUGACUUGAUCAUCAUGAUUUCAUGUAUUCCAGACAUAAUUCAGUUUAUUGGAAACAAAGGCUGGAAGUUGGGACUCCCUCUCUGUAAAGCACUUAGGUUCACAGAAGUGUUUGCACUCUAUGCUUCAGUUAUGACUCUUGUGAGCGUUUGCAUCGAAAGGUAUGUCGCCAUUAUGCAUCCUAUCAAAGCUCACAUCGUAUGCUGCAGGACAAGAAUACUUCAUGUCAUUUCCAUCAUAUGGCCAGCAGCCAUGAUAUGUGCGUCUCCUAACCUUGUGUUCCAUGUUAUAAUGACAGCAGAUGAAGAAUUUACUCCAUGUGUAAUGCAAUUCCCAGAUUUGAUCGAUUUUGUUAUCUUCAAAUAUUGUGAAUUCUUUCUGUUUUAUCUCAUCCCUCUAGUGCUUCAGGUUGUAUUGUACAUCCGCAUGGGACUUCGGUUAUUCAGUUCGGAAACUUUAAGAGCUAUGGAACCAAAUGUUGGAAAAGACAAAUUUGCCGGAGCCAUGAAAGCAAGAAAAGGUGUCAUAAAAAUGCUGGUGGCUGGUGUCACCGUCUAUUUCUUAAGCUUUUCUCCUCAUCAAGUCCUCCUCUUAUACAACACAUUCUCAUCAACACUAUUCAAGGAAACCUGGUCUUUUCUCAUAUUUGUAAACAUUAUGGCUUAUGCAUCAUCUGCUUGCAAUCCUCUUCUUUACAGCAUAUUUUGCCAGAAGUUCAGGCAAAAGUUUCAAACACUUCUUUCAUGCUGCAAAAAGAAACGUGGCACACCUUUACCUUCGGCUAUAUAUCUUGGUUGCAGAAGCAAGAAUUUUCCAAGCAAAAGUGUAAAAACGACUGUUACGGAAAUUUGA